AUGGCUUGUGCACCACUUCUCUUCCGGUUUCACUUUCACAAAGCGCCUUGUGCCACUGCCACCCCCGGCUCUCGCUCUGUUAUCAUCAUCCGACGUAACAAAUUCUCGCGCUCUCAAUUCUGUUUUUCCUUUUUGCUCUACAUUCCCUAGUUGUAUGAAAUCGACUUUGGAAUCAUAGCCUUCUUUGCGGAGAAUCGAGGAGGAGUGCCAUUGAUAAUUGGGAUCUAGGGUUCCUAAUUUUUGUUUUGUAGUUCUUCGAUUGAUAAGAUGGAUAUGGAGGGAGUAGUAGGAGACGUGGCGUCCCUGGACCCGGAGAUGCUGCAACUACCGGAGCUGUCUCCUUUGGCUCUCAAAUCGCAGCCAUUUAUUGCCGAGGAGCUAUUCUCGCAAUGGCUUUCUCUCCCAGACACAGCAAGAUUGGUGAAGUCUUUGCUCGCUGAUGCAAAGACAGGGGCUCCUUUAAAUGCCCAUGGGAACUCUACUAGUGCAAAUGUUGCUUCAAGCAAUUCAUUACCAUCCAUGUUUCCUGCUGGAAGUACUCCUCCACUUUCUCCGCGCUGUUCAUCUGGUUCUCCCCGUACUGUGAAACAUAGGACUGGCCCUUCUACUUUAGGAUCUCCUUUGAAAGUAGUGAGCGAGCCAGUACGAGAGGUCAUACCUCAGUUUUACUUUAAGAAUGGUCGCCCACCUCCUAAUGAAAUGAAAGACCGGUGCUUGUUCGAAAUCAAUCAGCAUUUUACUGGUCACCUGGAUGGCCUGCAAGUGCAUGAGUUUAAAGCGAUCACGAAGGAAAUUUGCAAGUUACCGUCUUUUUUCUCCAGUACCCUGUUCAGAAAGAUUGAUGUCAACGGGAUUGGUGUUGUAACCAGGGAUCAAUUUGUUGACUAUUGGAUUAGAGGCAGCUUUUUGACAAUGGAUAUUCCAACCCGGAUAUACACUGUUUUAGGCCAACGAGAUAAUGGAUACCUUACUCAGGAUGAUUUUAAACCUAUUUUAAGGGAACUCUUAGUGUCUCAUCCGGGAUUGGAAUUUCUGCAAAGCACCCCAGAAUUUCAGGAAAGAUAUGCUGAGACGGUCAUAUACAGAAUAUUUUACUAUGUUAAUAGAUCGGGAACUGGGCACCUUACUCUCAGGGAGUUGAAGCGUGGAAACCUAAUUGCUGCAAUGCAGCAUGUAGAUGAAGAAGAAGAUAUAAACAAAGUUUUAAGGUACUUCUCGUAUGAACAUUUUUAUGUAAUAUACUGCAAAUUCUGGGAGCUCGACACAGACCAUGAUUUUUUGAUUGACAAGGAGAACCUUAUCAGAUAUGGUAACCAUGCUCUUACCUACCGGAUUGUUGAUAGAAUUUUUUCUCAGAUUCCAAGGAAAUUUAUUUGCAAGGUUGAAGGGAAGAUGGGUUAUGAAGAUUUUGUCUACUUCAUACUGUCAGAGGAGGAUAAAUCUUCUGAACCUAGCCUUGAAUACUGGUUCAGAUGCAUUGAUUUGGAUGGCAAUGGGGUGCUCACACUAAAUGAAUUACAGUUCUUCUAUGAGGAGCAGUUGCACCGGAUGGAAUGCAUGGCCCAAGAGCCAGUGCUCUUUGAGGAUAUACUAUGCCAAAUUAUUGACAUGAUUGGACCGGAGAAUGAGGGCUACGUCACCCUUUAUGAUCUGAAAGGCUGCAAACUAUCGGGAAAUGUUUUCAAUAUUCUUUUCAAUCUCAAUAAGUUCAUUGCUUUUGAAAGCCGUGAUCCUUUUCUUAUUCGCCAGGAACGAGAAAAUCCUACCUUGACUGAAUGGGAUCGUUUUGCACAUAGAGAAUAUAUAAGACUAUCUAUGGAAGAAGAUGGAGAAGAUGCUUCAAAUGGAAGUGGAGAUAUCUGGGAUGAAUCGCUUGAGGCACCGUUUUAAAUGAAUUUGGUGUCUGGAGGAUGUUGUUGUUAGUGAACCUGUGCAUCGAUCAAUGAAGAGCUGGCUGUUGUUCAGACACGAUUAUAAGUUUGGCGCUGUGUAUGUACAGGAUAUAUUCAUGGUCACCCAGCAUGCUGUAGCUUGGCCAUUGGUCAAGAGUGCAACGAGUCAUGAUGUUAAUGGAACUGGUUAAGUUUGGACCAUGUCUGUGUUAUUAUGGUGUAAUUCUAACAUUCUAUUCUUGUUGUAGGGGUUGGUCUUCUUUUAAAAAAAAAAAAUUGACUGAUGGUGUUACUUAAGCUCGCCGUCUAAGGUUGGACUGCGCUAUUACUGAGAGGUUCCAAAUUCUUAAGCAGCAUUUUGUCUCGUGUUGAACUGCAUAUUCAUCUA